AUGGACUCUGAAUCUUUGCCAUGGGAUGUUAGAACCAUGGCCUCACUAAGUUCAUCAGAGUGGAACAUCAAGAAUUCCUUGAAUAUGUCAGGCUCCUUAGACAUGUACUCAGUCAAGGAGUCUGACGAGAGUUAUUGGGUGCAGAUCUGCAGGGCACUUGCUUACAUUCAUAAUUGCAUUGGAAUCUGUCAUCGUGACAUUAAGCCUCAGAACCUACUAGUAAAUCCACACACUCAUCAACUGAAACUUUGCGAUUUUGGGAGUGCUAAAGUGCUGGUGAAAGGAGAACCAAAUGUUUCUUACAUCUGCUCAAGAUAUUAUCGUGCUCCAGAACUCAUAUUUGGUGCUACAGAGUAUACAACUGCUAUCGAUAUAUGGUCCACAGGUUGUGUGAUGGCUGAGUUGCUUCUCGGACAGCCUCUGUUUCCUGGUGAAAGUGGAGUUGAUCAGCUGGUUGAAAUCAUUAAGGUUCUAGGAACACCAACCAGGGAGGAGAUAAAGUGUAUGAAUCCAAACUAUACUGAAUUUAAAUUUCCGCAAAUAAAGCCUCACCCAUGGCACAAGGUUUUCCAAAAACGUUUACCACCAGAAGCAGUGGACCUUGUGUGUAGGUUCUUUCAAUACUCUCCUAAUUUGCGAUGCACGGCUUUGGAGGCUUGUAUUCACCCUUUCUUUGACGAGUUAAGAGAUCCAAACACUCGCCUCCCUAAUGGCCGCCCUCUUCCUCCACUGUUUAAUUUUAAACCCCAAGAGCUCUCUGGUAUCCCGCCUGAUAUUGUCAAUCGACUUAUUCCAGAGCAUGCUCGUAAGCAGAACUUGUUCAUGGCUUUGCACACGUAGGAUCUACUACCACUCUCCCAUGUGUCAUUCCAUUUUGGUUUUGUAUCGACCAUAAUGUAAAAAUCUAGGCCUGUCAUAUUUUUAUGCUGUGUCUACAAGAGGUUUUUGGAAAGAAAAGGUUAUUGGAAAAGUUUUUAGGAUAAACUGCAAAACUUGAAGACUUUUGAGGUUGCCGUCUGGUGGUGAAGCUGCUUCUGUUACUUUCUGAAGAAGACAACUAUAAAAUUUAUUAUGUAUAUUUAUUAUGCCUCCCCUAUAGGUGGGAAUUUUAGAAAGAUACAAAUGGAAAUGUAUGUCUUUUACCCUGAGCUGGUGUCUUCUAUAAGGUUGAUUUUAUUUUUAUAAA